AUGAAUCCCGAGUGGGGCCCUCCCGAGAAGGAUGGACUCUAUGACCCCGCCCAGGAGCGAGAGGCUUGCGGCGUUGGCUUCAUCGUCGCCAUCGACGGCCGCCGGUCUCACAAGAUUGUGCGAGAUGCAGAGAAGCUGGCUAAACGUAUGAACCACAGAGGUGCCUGCGCUUGUGAUAAUGACACUGGUGACGGAGCAGGAGUCCUCACUGCUAUUCCACAUUCCUUUUAUGUUCAUGAACUCAGGGAACAGCAAAGCGUUGAGCUUCCACCACUCGGCCAGUAUGCGACUGGUAUUGUGUAUAUGGAUAAGGUUCAUCAUGCAGAAAGUGAGGAGAAAUUUGCAAAAGUUGCAGAAAAUUACAAACUUAAGGUACUGUGUUGGCGUACAGUUCCGACUUUCAGUGCCGGUAUUGGAGAAGUUGCAAGAAACAGUGAGCCUUUUAUGAGGCAAGUGUUCAUCACAGCUGAAACUGAGGAUGAAGAGACCUUUAAAAGGAAUGUUUGGAUGCUUCGAAAGAAGGCUACACAUACCAUUCCCAAACCUGGAAUCAGGUUUUAUAUUUGUUCCUUAUCUAAUUCAAUUAUCGUAUACAAGGGACAAUUCACAUCUGACCAGUUAUGGGAAUAUUUUGCUGAUUUAAAAUCACCAGAUUUUGAGACGUAUUUAGCGCUUGUACAUACACGUUUUUCAACAAACACAUUCCCAAGCUGGGAGAGGGCACAUCCGCUAAGAUGUUUAGCUCACAAUGGUGAAAUCAACACACUCAGAGGAAAUGUUAACUUCAUGAAGGCUAGAGAAGGUGUCAUGAAGAGCCCGUACAUUGAAAAUCUCAAAGACCUGUAUCCAGUUGUAGAGCCUAAUCUUUCAGAUUCUGGUAGUCUUGACUGCGUCCUCGAAUUCCUCGUCAUGGCAGGAGGACGUCCAUUGCCAGAGGCUGUGAUGACGAUGGUGCCUGAAGCUUGGCAGAAUGAUGGAACAAUGCCCAAAGACAAAAGAGACUUCUACCAAUGGGCUGCGUGCGUUAUGGAACCAUGGGAUGGUCCAGCACUUCUCACAUUUACCGAUGGCAGAUAUGUUGGAGCAAUCUUAGACAGGAAUGGUCUUCGUCCUUCUAGAUUUUGGUUAACCAAGGACAAUAUGUUGGUAAUGGCAUCUGAAGUUGGUGUUUAUGAUACUGACCCAGCAAAUAUUAAAUUAAAGAGCCGUUUGAAACCAGGCAGAAUGUUGUUGGUUGAUACUAAAGAAAAAACAAUGAUUCAAGAUGUUGAAGUUAAAAAACGAAUUGCCAAUAGCAGGAAUCAUUCUCAGUGGUUGAAGGAACAGAUUACCAUGAGUGAAUUGCGUGAGGCAGCUAAAGAUAUCAAAGUAACACCUGACGAAGGCUUCCUUCCGAAUGGAUGCAUCACAACCAACUGCGUCUCAGAAAUUUCCGACCAAGACAUCAGUAGGAUAUGGGGAGGGGAUCGGAGGCUUUCCCUGUUUAGUUACACUAUUGAAACUAUCACGAUGCUCAUCCUUCCUAUGUUGAAAACAAAGAAAGAAGCUCUUGGUUCUAUGGGAAACGAUGCCCCAUUUGCUUGCCUCUCUCAAUUUGAACCUCUUUUAUAUGAUUAUUUCAAGCAGUUGUUUGCUCAGGUUACAAACCCACCGAUAGAUCCAUUCAGAGAAAAAGUGGUGAUGUCUCUAUUAUGCCCAAUCGGCCCAGAAGCUAAUAUUCUUGUACCAGGUGCUGUACAAUGCCAUAGGUUGUUCCUUCCUCACCCAAUAAUAUCUCUUCCUGAUCUUGAGGUUUUGAAAAAGAACACGCAUAGAGGAUGGAGGACAAAGGUAGUGGAUAUAACGUUUGACAAAGAUGAAGGACCAUCAGGAUUACAGAACACUCUAAAUAGAGUUUGUGAAGAGGCCAACAACGCUGCCAUUGAAGGUUAUCAACUCAUCUGUUUGUCAGACAGGACUGCCGGAGCUCAAAGAGUACCCGUCAGCGCACUUUUAGCUCUUGGUGCUACACAUCACCACCUGAUUGAGACGAGGCAGAGAAUGAAGGUGGGGCUUAUCUUGGAAACUGGAGAAGCCAGAGAGGUCCACCAUAUGUGCGUGUUACUCGGCUAUGGUGCUGAUGCCAUUUGUCCUUACUUAGUGUUUGAAAUGGUCAGGAGUCUGAGGGAAGAGGGUGUAUUUGAUCCUUCGUUUACAGAUCAAAUAUUGUAUACCAACUAUUCAGAAGCUAUGGAAAGAGGUAUAGCUAAAGUAAUGGCCAAAAUGGGCAUAUCUACACUACAAUCUUAUAAAGGAGCCCAAAUCUUUGAAGCAGUCGGCCUUUCUGAUGAAGUCAUUGACAAAUGUUUCAAAGGGACUCCUUCAAGAAUAGGUGGGAUUAGUUUUGAAAUUUUAGCCAAUGAGACCUAUGAGAGGCAUUACCUUGCUUACACAGACAAAGAUAACCUUGUUUUGAGAAACCCGGGUGUUUACCAUUGGAGGAUGGGAGGAGAGAAGCACAUAAAUGACCCGCUAAGUAUUGCGAAUCUCCAGGAAGCCGCUGUUAGCAACAAUAAAAAUGCAUAUGAGCGAUUUAAGGAGUCAACUCUUGAGAGCAUAAGAAAUUGCACUCUUAGAGGCCAAUUGGAAAUAGUCUACAGUGACAAUCCGGUCGACAUUUCGGAAGUUGAACCAGCAGCAGAGAUUGUUAAAAGAUUUGCUACUGGUGCUAUGAGCUUUGGUAGUAUAUCUCUAGAAGCCCAUACAACCUUAGCUAUGGCCAUGAACAAAGUAGGAGCCAAGUCGAACACGGGAGAAGGAGGUGAAAAUGCGGAGCGCUAUUUGAAUCAAGAUCCUGAAAAGAAUAUGAGAUCAGCAAUUAAACAAGUUGCUUCUGGAAGAUUUGGAGUCACAAGUUCGUAUUUGGCGCAUGCUGACGAUUUGCAGAUAAAAAUGGCCCAGGGUGCAAAGCCUGGUGAGGGUGGUGAACUUCCAGGAUAUAAGGUUACAAAAGAUAUAGCCAAGACAAGGCACUCUGUCCCUGGAGUAGGCCUGAUAUCGCCUCCGCCUCACCAUGACAUUUACUCUAUUGAAGACUUGGCAGAAUUAAUUUAUGACUUGAAGUGUGCCAAUCCGAAUGCUAAAAUCUCUGUUAAAUUGGUCUCUGAAGUUGGUGUUGGAGUCGUUGCUUCAGGUGUUGCCAAGGGCAAAGCUGAGCACAUUACUAUAUCUGGUCAUGAUGGUGGAACUGGAGCCAGCUCAUGGACUGGUAUUAAGAAUGCAGGCCUGCCGUGGGAGUUAGGGAUUGCAGAAACCCAUCAAGUUCUUGUGUUAAAUAACCUCAGGUCCAGGAUAAUUUUGCAGGCAGAUGGACAAAUCAGAACUGGGUUUGACGUAGUGGUUGCUGCUCUCCUCGGAGCUGAUGAGUUUGGUUUUAGUACAGCUCCAUUGAUCGUCAUGGGAUGUACGAUGAUGAGGAAAUGCCAUCUUAACACAUGCCCUGUUGGUAUCGCCACUCAGGAUCCAAUCUUACGGAAAAAAUUCAGCGGAAAGCCAGAACAUGUUAUUAACUAUCUGUUCAUGCUAGCUGAAGAAAUAAGAACAAUCAUGUCUCAGUUGGGAAUCAAGAAAUUUCAAGAAUUGAUUGGCCGCACCGAUCUCUUAAAACCUUCCGAACACACCAAGAGCCCUAAAGCCAAGCUACUUUCAUUUGCUCCACUUUUGAAAAAUGCUUUGCAUCUCCGCCCUGGUGUUAAUAUCGUUGGAGGUUCUGUGCCUCAGGACUUCCAACUAGAAAAGAGAAUCGACCAACCGAUAAUCGAGCAAUGUAUGCCUGUGAUAAAUGGUGAAAAGGAACACAUUGAUUUGGAACUAACAAUUAACAAUGAAUGUCGUACGUUUGGUGCAACAUUGAGUUACCAUAUUUCAAUAAAACAUGGUGAUGCUGGCUUGCCUCCUAACAGCAUCAACAUCAGCCUUAAAGGUUCAGCUGGACAGAGUUUCUGUGCAUUCUUGACAAACGGAGUGCAUGUGACUUUGGAAGGAGAUGCCAAUGAUUACGUUGGAAAGGGACUUUGCGGAGGUGAAGUAGUCAUUUACCCACCCAAAACUUCAGACUUUGAUUCUGGUCAAAAUGUGAUCGUUGGUAAUGUCUGUCUGUACGGUGCGACAUCAGGAAAGGCAUUCUUUAGGGGUAUUGCUGCUGAAAGAUUCUCAGUCAGAAAUUCUGGAGCAGUGACAGUAGUCGAGGGCGUUGGUGAUCAUGGCUGUGAAUACAUGACUGGUGGCUGUGCGAUUAUUUUGGGACUGACUGGUAGGAAUUUUGCUGCUGGUAUGUCGGGUGGCAUUGCCUAUGUUCUCGAUAUAGAUGGAUCUUUCAGAGGUAAAUGUAAUCAAGAAAUGGUCGAACUGCUUCCUCUAGAAAAACAGGAAGACCUUGAUUAUGUGGAAUCGUUACUGAAAGAAUUUGAAGAAAAGACUUCGUCGCUGAUAGCUGCCGAUUUGUUGAAAGCAUGGCCUCAACCUGCCAAGGAUUUCAUCAAGGUAUUCCCGUAUGAGUAUCAGAGAGCUCUGGCCCAACUUGCUGAAGAAGCAAGUACGAAGAAGAUGGAAGGAGAUGUCCCAGCAAUAGCAAAUCACGUACAACAGAUUGCUGACAUAGAAGAAAUAGUAACGGACAUUCCUAAAGAGAAAAAGAGACUAGAAAAGACAUUAGAUAAAGUCAGGGGCUUUGUGAAGUACUCUCGAGAGACCGGCCUGUACCGAGCUGCAGAGAAGAGGCUGAAGGAUUGGGACGAAAUUUAUAACUUCACCCAUGUAAGGAAAGGUCUCAGGGUUCAAGCCGCUAGGUGCAUGGAGUGCGGCGUGCCGUUCUGCCAGAGCAGCCAUGGCUGCCCGCUUGGUAAUAUUAUUCCCAAGUGGAACGAUCUCGUCUUCCACAACAACUGGAGGGAGGCACUAAAUCAACUUCUUCAAACAAACAAUUUCCCAGAGUUCACCGGAAGAGUGUGCCCUGCACCUUGCGAGGGUGCCUGCGUGCUUGGAAUUAACGAACCUCCAGUGACCAUCAAGAACAUUGAGUGUGCCAUCAUAGACCAUGCAUUCGAGCAGGGAUGGAUAACGGCCCAACCUCCUCCAUUCAGGACUGGCAAGAAGGUCGCUAUCGUAGGCUCUGGGCCUUCAGGACUUGCGGCUGCUCAUCAGCUGAACAAGGCUGGGCAUACUGUCGCCGUUUUUGAAAGAAACGAUCGUGCUGGAGGUCUCUUACAGUAUGGUAUACCGACCAUGAAGCUGUCUAAGGAAGUUGUCCAGAGAAGGGUGAAGCUCCUCCAAGAAGAGGGUGUUGAUUUCAAGACCAAUGUUAACGUCGGAAAAGAUAUUACUGCGAAGGAACUUCAUGAUGAAUACGAUGCUGUGGUUUUAUGCACGGGAGCCACCUGGCCCAGAGACUUGCCAAUUCCCGGUAGGCAACUUUCGGGUAUCUACUUUGCCAUGUCAUUCCUUGAGUCGUGGCAAAAGAAACAAAUGGGCAACUCCAUUACUCCCAUCUCGGCCAAAGAUAAAGAUGUGAUUGUCAUUGGUGGAGGUGAUACCGGGUGUGACUGCAUUGCAACCUCUCUGAGACAGGGAGCUGCUUCUAUUACAACAUUUGAGAUCCUUCCUGAGCCACCAGAAAAGAGGGGGAAGGACAAUCCUUGGCCGCAGUUCCCGAGGGUCUUCAAGGUUGAUUACGGCCAUGAAGAAGUCAAAGUCAAGUUUGGAAACGAUCCAAGAAUAUUUUCAACCCUCAGCAAGGAGUUCAUUGAUGAUGGAAAUGGUAAUGUAGCUGGAAUCAGAACAGUAAAAGUAAGCUGGACCAAGGAUGAAACAGGGCGAUGGAAGAUGGAAGAAGUUCCCGGUUCAGAAGUGAUAAUCAAAGGUCAAUUAGUCCUGCUUGCUAUGGGCUUCCUUGGUCCUGAGAAAUAUAUAGCUAAUGAGUUGGACCUCGACUUAGACCCAAGGUCUAACUAUGAGACACCUAAUGGAAAAUAUUCCACGUCAGUACCUAAAGUAUUUGCUGCUGGAGACUGUAGAAGAGGCCAAUCGCUGGUUGUAUGGGCAAUCAGCGAGGGCCGGUUAGCAGCUAGAGAAGUUGAUGCCUACUUGAUGGGCAAGACAACGCUUCCUGGACCGGGCGGAGUCAUCACCACCCUGACUGCCAGCCAGAAAGGGUAA